GACGACGACGACGACGACGACGACGACGACGACGAGCGAGCGGUUUGGCCCGGCCAGGAGAGAGAAAACUCUUUGCGGAUCCCACCUUCACGUCAUCUGAGAGCGUUAUCACCAGGCCGCUGGGGGUGAAAAUUAUCGAGGAAAAAUUCAAAAGGGCUCUGAAUCAGCGACAGAAUGAGCAGUCGCAAGUCAAAGAACAGUUUAAAACAUGGAGAGUGUGUUUCUCAGGCACAAAAAAUUUUACGUGAAAGGUUUUGUCACCAGAGUCCUCAAAAACAAAUGUUUGGAAUCCAAGAUCAGUACAGACACUUAGCCGAGCUGCUCAAGCGAACGGCAGUCCUUGGCGAAAGUAACUCUGCACUAAUUAUCGGACCCAGAGGAUCGGGAAAGACAAUGUUAUUAAAUCGUAUUUUGCAAGAACUCAUGGAAGUAAAACACGUGAGAGAGAAUGUUUUACAAGUUCACCUAAAUGGACUGUUGCAGACCAACGACAGAAUUGCUCUAAAGGAAAUCACAAGGCAGUUACAACUGGAAAAUGUAGUCGGAGAUCGAGUUUUUGGGAGCUUUGCCGAAAACCUUGCGUUUCUCCUGGAAGCUCUGAAAAGAGGUGACCGGGCUCGAAGCUGCCCAGUAUUGUUUAUACUGGAUGAAUUUGAUCUUUUUGCACAUCAUAAGAACCAAACCCUCCUGUAUAACCUUUUGGACAUUUCCCAGUCGGCCCAGACGCCCGUAGCGGUGAUCGGUCUUACGUGUAGAUUGGAUAUCCUGGAACUCUUAGAAAAGCGAGUGAAGUCAAGGUUCUCCCACCGGCAGAUACACGUAAUGAAUUCAUUUGGGUUUUCACAGUACCUUCAGAUAUUUGUAGAACAAUUAUCUCUACCUCCAGAAUUUCCAGACAAGCAGUUUUCUGAGAAGUGGAACGAAACUGUUAAGCGGCUGGCAGAGGACAAGAGUGUUCGAGAAAUACUUCAAAGGCACUUCAAUGCGAGCAAAGACCUCCGGUCGCUACACAUGCUGUUGAUGCUGGCUUCGAGUCACGUCGCCGCGUCUCGGCCGUUCAUUGUUGCGACAGACCUGGUGGAGGCGCAUCAGCUGUGCAGCCUGGACUCCAAAGCGAGCAUCGUCCACGGUCUUUCGGUGUUGGAAAUCUGUCUCAUCAUAGCGAUGAAACACUUAAAUGACAUUUACGAAGAAGAGCCUUUUAACUUUCAGAUGGUCUACAAUGAAUUUCAGAAGUUUAUCCAAAGGAAGGGCCAUUCUGUGUAUAACUUUGAGAAGCCUGUUGUUAUGAAGGCUUUCGAACACUUGCAACAGCUAGAAUUAAUCAGAGCGGUGGAGCGGACCUCGGUCAACACCCAGAGGGAAUAUCAACUAAUGAAGCUGCUUCUGGACAAUAAUCAAAUCAUGGAUGCCCUGCAGAAGUACCCCAACUGCCCCACCGACGUGAGACAAUGGGCAGCCUCCUCUAUGAGUUGGCUGUGAGGGGGCGGGCGCCUUGGACGCCCAGGUAUUUAUUCGGAGACCUCUUGUCGCCUCUCACCUCCAAAAGGCUCGCGGGGCGGGACGGGACGAAUCCUCCAAGUGGAAAUCACACCUCAUCUUGGUCCAUGUUCUGAACCUUGCCCCGCUUUUGUGUAGGAAGACACCCCCGAGGCGCUGGAAGCGUGAAAGGCCGGGGCACGGUCUCGAUGCAGGUUUCACGUUCAAUAUUAAAAACGUUAUCUGUUCUCGGGGAAAGAGGCCCGGGUGUGAGA